UCGAUUGCCUUCAGUCUAGCAUGCUCACGUGUUGUCGCGGAAAGACUGAGCAAGCCUCCGGGCAAGAACUGGUCGCAAUCCUUCUGCAAGCGGUACUCUAACAUCUUGAAGGCUGGCAAGAGCAGCGCGAUGGACUGGAACCGCUUUGACAUCUAUGAGAAAGUGGUGAAAUGGUUUGACGUGAUCGCCGGUGUGCUACAGGACCCGGAAGUCCUACCGGAGAACGUGUAUAACAUGGACGAGAUGGGUGUAAUGCUGUCAAAGCGGAAUUCUGUGAGAGUCAUCAUGGAUAGAACGAACCAGCACGGCUGUCGAGUCGCACGUGUGAAGCGGACGACCGUAACAGCAGUCGAAUGUGUGAGUGCUGACGGGCGAUAUCUACAUCCUAUGAUUAUCUGGCCCGCGGCCACCCACCGAGCGAAUUGGGUCACUCAUCCUACGCCUGGAUUGCAUUAUGCCUACUCCGACAGCGGAUGUACAGACUCAUAUCUCAGCCUGCAGUGGCUUCGUCUUUUCGCUCUUCGGCACCAGAUCGUACUUUGUCGCUUGCCGUCCCACUCGUCCCAUAAACUGCAACCGUGUGAUAUCUCCAUCUUCGGUCCCCUCAAAGCGGCAUAUCGUGAUCAGGUCGAACGGCUUGAGCGAGGCGGUGUAGGAACGAUCGGCAAAGAACACUUUGCCAUGUUGUAUUGUCAUGCGCGUCAGAUCGCGUUCACGCCCCGAAACAUCCGCGCAGGAUGGGCGAAGGCAGGUCUAUUCCCAUUCUGUCCCGAAAGAGUGCUUCGUGAUCUGCCGCGCAAUCCGGUGGGCCAGCAGGAUGCCAACAUACGAACGCGGCCAAUACCAAGCGUUCCAUCCACUCCGAUGAUACCUGUGACACCAGUGACUCCGGUGGAUCUUGCAGGCAUACUUACCUUGCACGACGUGAUCCGGCGUGAUACACAGGGUUUAGACAGCGGCUCCCAGCGCCGCUUGCAGAAGUAUGUACAGAAAUUAGCAAAAGCAGCCGAGACUUCAUUCGGCGAGCACAUACUGCUCGAGCGGCGCAACGAGUUUCUGCAAAAGUCGAACAGCGAAGCUCGGGUACGACGCUCAACGAGAUCCAAAGUCAUCGGGACAGCGAGAGUGAUGAGCUAUAAGGAUCUGGAGAAAGCAAGAGAUGGGCGGGCACUUCGAGACGCGAGGCCAAUCGCAAAGCGCAGAUCGAGAACUCAGGCGGUAGACCGCAAUGCCACUAACGAAACCUCGGAUGUGGUGCCGACUAGUACUGACUCACUAAGGGUACAAAGAAGAUACACAGAAUUGCACACUCAAGGAAUACCGACCACCAAUAGCUAG